GACAUUGAUGGAGCUAGGGUUGAGAAAAUCCUUGACAUGGCCUCUAUCACUCUCAACAAAAAUUCUGUUCCCGGUGACAAGAGUGCACUAGUGCCAGGCGGCAUUCGCAUUGGCACACCAGCAAUGACUACUAGAGGAUUUGGGGAGGAGGAGUUCGUAGCAACUGCAGACUUCAUUCACGAGGGUAUUCAGAUCACUCGGGAGGCAAAACAAUCUGUUGCAGGGAAAAAGCUCCAAGAUUUCUUUAAGUUUAUCGAACCUCCAGAGUUCCCUUUGAAGAACCGUGUCAUGGAUCUUCGAAGCAGAGUUGAAGCUCUGACCAGCCAGUUCCCUAUGCCUGGAUUAUAGAUGGUUUUGUGGGAAUGAAAUGAGUUGCAAUUUUCUCAUAACUCGUGAGGAACUGAUGGGGGCCAACCAUUGAAGAAAUGGAUUCCCACAUUCCUCGUUUUGAGCUGAGUUUGAGCCAGCAGCGUUAACAUUACUCACCUUUAUGCUUAUUAUUGUGAAGGAUGAUUUCUAGUUUUUAAUAGCAAUGUACCGUGUAUUCAAAAAAUAAAGGCAAAAUAAUCUGAUAAGUUGAUUUUAUUA